AUGGUUGAGAGGCUUGUGAAUGGCUCAUGGAAACCAUUCAUGGCAGAUGAUGUGCAGAUGGAAUUUGUUCGCAUUGACCCAUUCAUCAGGUUGACCAUGACACCCAGUACUGAAGGGGUUUUCUCAGUCAAGUUCACGGUACCUGAUGUCUAUGGUGUUUACCAGUUCAAGGUGGAGUACAAUCGUGUUGGUUUUACACGUCUUUUCAGUUCCACUCAGGUAUCAGUUCGACCAUUCACUCACCGAGAAUAUGAGAGAUUUAUUGAGUGUGCCUACCCAUAUUAUGCUAGUGCCUUCUCCAUGAUGUUUGGUGUAUGGUUAUUUUCCAUGGUUUUCUUGCACCACAAAGAACCUAUCCCCAAACGUAAGGCUGAAUAAGGUUGCUUGUUUGACCUAACAGAACUAGUUAACUUAACCAUUCCUGCUGUUUCUUUCAGCUGUUGUUUGUGUAGAAAAGAUACAUAAGAAGCAUAUUCAUAAAUUUACAUUUGGUAACUAGAGGAUUUUUCAUGAAUCUUAAUAUUGAUAUACUGUAUUUUGGAGCUUAAUGUAAAUAUAUUGAUGUAAUUUUCAAUAUAAUAUGAUCUUGUGUAAGCUUGUUUUCAUCACCUUUAAACUUGCUGUCUUUUUUUCUUUCUUUUUCUUUUUUUUUUUUUUAAUAUCACAAUAUAUGGCUAAAAGGUACAUAGUUUUUUCUUUGUUAUAUGUGAAAUAACUUGCAUAUUUCAUCAUGUGAACUUGUAAUUGUUAUCUCUGCCAGUAAAACUACUUGAAAGAAAA